AUGUGUGAUGAUGGCUGGCACAUUACAGAUAGUGCAGUAGUGUGUAGAGAGCUGGGCUGUGGUGAAGUUGUGGAUAUACCAGAUAAUUCUUUCUUUGCACCCGGAUCAGAAGUGUUCUGGACAUAUGGACUGGCCUGUGAUGGAUCAGAGUCUACACUGAACAUAUGUGGAGGAAGAAAUAUGAAUUUCCAGCUUCCUAACUGUGAUCAUACUAAUGAUGUUGGAACAAUCUGUUCAGUCAGUGUAAGGUUGGUGGAUGGUGGCAGUCGCUGUGCUGGGAGAGUGGAGGUUCUUCACAGAGGACAAUGGGGAACAGGGUGUGGUCAAGGCUGGGAUAUGAGUGAUGCUGCAGUGGUGUGUAGAGAGCUGGGCUGUGGAGAGGCUGCAGAUGCACUGGGUCACACGCAGGCUUGGCUGAUAAACGGCUCUGACUCCUGUUCUGGUCGAGUGGAGCUCCAGUACCUCAGUGAGUGGGGCACAGUGUGUGAUGUAAGCUGGGAUAUGAGAGCUACCAGUGUCCUCUGUGGUCAGCUGAAGUGUGGGAGUGCUGUGGCUGUGUUGGGCUUCUCCAGCUCCUCUACAUCCAGUCCUGAACACAGACACAUGUGUGUGACGGGUUUUAAUUGUUCUGGGAGUGAAGCUCAUCUGGGGAACUGCAGCACCGCACAAGCGGUCAACUGCAGCUCCAGAGAACAGCUCUCAAUCACCUGCUCUGGUCAGUUUAAUUCAGCUCACAGCUCCAUCAGGCUGGUUGGUUCUGGGGGAGACUGUGCAGGAAGGCUGGAGGUUUUCCACAGCGGCUCAUGGGGGACAGUGAGUGAUGACUUGUGGGACAUUAAGGAUGCGCAGGUGGUCUGCAGACAGCUGCAGUGUGGAGUGGCCUUCAGUACUCUGGUACAAGCCCAGUUUGGACCUGGAACUGGACCCAUAUGGCUGAAUGAGGUGGAGUGUAAGGGGAACGAGGCGUCCCUGUGGAACUGCAGAUUUCAGCUGUGUGAAGAGGAUGAAUGUGGUCACAAGGAGGAUGUAGGAGUCGUGUGUUCAGAUCACCUGCCUCUCAGACUGAGGGGAGGAAAUGGAAGCUGCUCUGGAAGGCUGGAGGUGUAUCAUAGUAAAACAUGGGGCUCCGUCUGUGAUGAACUCUGGGACAUCAGGGAGGCUCAGGUGGUCUGCAGGCAGCUGGGCUGUGAGCCGGCGCUGAGUGCUGAUGGGAGUGCUGUCUUUGGUGGUGUAGGGCCUAUCUGGCUGAACAGAGUGAGGUGUAGAGGGAAUGAGAUUCACCUAUGGGACUGUCCUCAUUCCCUGAAGAACCACACUGACUGCUCCCACAGGCAGGAUGCUGGAGUCACCUGUAUAGAGAUAUCUGUGCCUGCCACUGCUGCACCCACAACAACAAUCAACAUCACCACCACAGUGCUCUUUAAGAGGAGGCGUAAGACUCUGACUGAGGCAGUCUAUGAGGAGAUCGACCGCAGAUACAUCACUAAAAGAAAUGACUUGACUCAAAGGGGAAGUAUCCUCUCUGAAGAACAGCAUUCAAGAUAUGAGGAUGUGGAUGAGGAGCUUCUCUCAGCAAAGUCUCUGAUUGGUGUAAAAGCAGGAUAUUACGAUGAUGUCACCACCAGUGGUGAAUCAGCAAAAGAGGACACAGCAGAGAACUAUGAUGAUGUCAUCACUGCUGGACAGAUCUCUGAUAUUGUAGCAGGUCAGAGGAAGAUGGACAGCUGUGUGGCUCUCAUUCUUCUGUCCUCCACAAUCACACUCACCACAGCUGGGGCACGACUGGUGCAUGGCUCUGACUCCUGUUCUGGUCGAGUGGAGCUCCAGUACCUCAGUGAGUGGGGCACAGUGUGUGAUGUAAGCUGGGAUAUGAAAGCUGCCAGUGUCCUCUGUGGUCAGCUGAAGUGUGGGAGUGCUGUGGCUGUGUUGGGGUCAGACUGGUUUGGGGAGGGGAGUGGCCGGAUCUGGGCUGACGUGUUUGACUGUCAGGGGAACGAAACACACCUGUCAAAAUGUCCCAUUUCAUCAUGGAGUCGAACUGCAUGCUCUCAUAAACAGGAUGCUGGAGUCAUCUGUGAUAAUUCCUCCCUGGCAAUUCAUGAGGGGCGAGUGUGGUUGUCUGGAGGGAUGGAGUGUGAGGGGGAGGUGGAGGUGUACUUCAGGCAGGACUGGAGGAGAGUUCUGCUGGACUCCUGGAGAGAGUCUGAGGCCUCUGUGGUCUGCAGACAGCUGGGCUCUCAUCUGGGGAACUGCAGCAGUGCACAAGCAGUCAACUGUAGCUCCAGAGAACAGCUCUCAAUCACCUGCUCUGCCAUCAGGCUGGUUGGCUCUGGGGGAAACUGUGCAGGAAGGCUGGAGGUUUUCCACAGCGGCUCAUGGGGGACAGUGAGUGAUGACUUGUGGGAUAUUAAGGAUGCACAAGUGGUCUGCAGACAGCUGCAGUGCGGUGCUCUGGUACCAGCCUGGUUUGGACCUGGAACUGGACCCAUAUGGCUGAAUGAGGUGGAGUGUGAGGGGAAUGAGACGUCCCUGUGGAACUGCAGAUUUCAGCUGUGUGGAGAAGAUGAAUGUGGACACAUGGAGGAUGUAGGAGUCGUGUGCUCAGUCAGUGUGAGGUUGGUGGAUGGUGGCAGUCACUGUGCUGGGAGAGUGGAGGUUUUUCAUGAUGAUCAGUGGGGAACAGUAUGUAGUUAUAACUGGGAUAUCAGAGAUGCUGCAGUGGUGUGUAGAGAGAUGGGCUGUGGAGAGGCUGUAGAUGCACUGAGUGAUGCUCACUUUGGACCAGGAUCAGGACCAAUCUGGAUGGAUGAUGUGGACUGUAAUGGAUCAGAGUCUACACUGAAGAACUGUAGAUCAUCAGAUUGGGGUGAACAUGACUGUGAUCAUGAUGAAGAUGCUGGAGUCAUUUGUUCAGGUAAUCUUUGCAUCAGGCUGGUUGGUGGUUCUCGCUGCUCUGGGAGAGUGGAGGUGCUUCAUGGAGAGACCUGGUACACAGUGUGUGAUGCUGACUUUGACCAGCAGGAUGCAGAGGUUGUGUGUCGAGAGCUGGGCUGUGGACUUCCUGUGGAGGUGCUGGGAGCAACUGCUUUUGGCAGAGGGGAGGGUCAGGUGUGGUCAGAGGAGCUUCAGUGUAGAGGCAACGGUUGUGCAUUGGAAUCCACUUUAGCAAGAGACAGUGUGAGGUUGGUGGAUGGUGACAGUCGCUGUGCUGGGAGAGUGGAGGUGUUUCAUGAUGAUCAGUGGGGAACAGUGUGUGGUGAUUACUGGGAUAUAAGAGAUGCUGCAGUGGUGUGUAGAGAGCUGCACUGUGGAGAGGCUGUUAGUGAUGCUAACUUUGGACCAGGAUCAGGACCAAUCUGGAUGAAAAAUGUGGGCUGUAGUGGAUCAGAGUCUGCACUGAAGAACUGUAGAUCAGCAGGAUGGGGUGAACAUUACUGUAAUCAUGAUCAAGACGCUGGAGUCAUUUGUUUAGGAGGAAUCAGGCUUGUUAAUGGUUCUCGCUGUUCUGGGAGAGUGGAGGUGCUUCAUGGAGAGACCUGGUCCACAGUGUGUGAUGCUGAUUUUGACCAGCAGGAUGCGGAGGUUGUGUGUCAAGAGCUGGGCUGUGGGCUUCCUGUGGAGGUGCUGGGAGCAGCUGCUUUUGGC